GCUGUAAAGCUACAGCGUAGGUUCAGUGGCUCUUUGCUUUUGCUGAGGAAAGAGUGCUUUCUGGAGACUCCAACUGUAUUCACACUUAGUUUGGGUUUGAGAAAUAGGAUAGAGAGGCUUACUGCUACACUGCCAUCACCACUACUUUUUAAUUUUUCAGUUUGAAUUGCAGAAGCUAAGCGACACUUUCUAUUACCUACCCUAUGAUCACAAAUUCAUUAAAUAGGUGGUAAAUUACCUGCACUGAAUAUUGGAGGACAAGAGACUGAAGUUAUACGUUAUUUGUAUUGACAAGGUGGAAAUUAUAGCCACCUCUUUUUCACUGUAUUAUUCUUUUAAAACCUUAUCAUUUAGUUGGUAAAAAAAUAAAUGUACUGAGUUUGUAUCUACAAGUAAUUUGAUCUAAAUUUGAGUGAACAUCUGGUUGGAAUGGCAGAUAAUAAAAUUGAAGAGUCAGACUAUUAUCCUGAUAAAAAAGAUCUGGAGUGGGGGUACGAGGAAGGUGUAGAAUGGGGUCUAGUGUUUCCUGAAGCUAAUGGGGAAUAUCAGUCUCCGAUUAACCUCAACUCCAGGGAGGCUAGGUAUGACCCUACACUACUACAAGUAAGCCUGUCCCCGAAUUAUGUUGUGUGCCGGGACUGUGAAGUUAUAAAUGAUGGCCAUACAGUUCGGAUACUGCUGAAGUCAAAGUCAGUUGUUACAGGAGGCCCGUUACCUAGAGACCAUGAUUAUGAAUUGCACGAGGUUCGGUUUCACUGGGGAAGGGAGAAUCAGCGUGGCUCUGAACACACAGUUAAUUUCAAAGCUUUUCCCAUGGAGCUUCAUCUAAUUCACUGGAACACUACACUGUACAACAGUAUUGACGAGGCGUUGGGAAAGAGAAAUGGUAUACUUAUUAUCGCUUUGUUUGUGCAGAUAGGCAAAGAGCAUCUCGGUCUGAAAGCAAUUACAGAAAUCCUUCAAGAUACCCAGUACAAGGGGAAGACAAAAAUCAUUCCAUGUUUUAAUCCGAACACUCUGCUGCCUGAUCCUCUUCUUCGAGAUUACUGGGUGUAUGAGGGCUCCCUCACCAUGCCCCCUUGCAGUGAAAAUGUCACUUGGAUUUUAUACCGCUACCCUUUGACUGUGUCCCAGAUUCAGAUCGAGGAGUUUCGAAGGCUAAGAUCCCAUAUAAAAGGUGCAGAGCUCCCUGAAGGGAGUGAUGGGCUGUUAGGAGAUAAUUUCAGACCAACCCAACCUCUCAGUGACAGAAUCAUCAGAGCUGCUUUCCAGUAGAGUCACUCUGAAUUUAGAGUUCUGGUACACAGAGCAGAAGACAAUGGUGCCAAAGUGUCCCGCUGGAUGUGAAAUGGAUCCCUUGGAAUGGCUGCUCUGCUUGGAGCACAAAGCUUGUAUUGUGUUGUUUCCACUAAUUAAUAGAGCCUUGACAGACAGCUGUGACUGAGGGCAAGUUCUACGACCUGGUGGAAAGGUUCUGUGGCAUGAACAGCCAGUGCAUAAAGCUCAUAGCGCCCCUUCAAAUACUGUAGAGAUAGGAUACAUUUUUCUUAGUGUGAUCACUGCUGUACAAAUAUGAAUAUCAUACUUGUGAAACUAAAUGUGUUGUUAGGCUGGUCUGAAUCCGACCAUCCCCUGCAUGCAAACUGCUGUUUAUCCUCCAGUGUGAAUAUAUAGAUAAAAUAUUCAAGGUAGUUAACCAGUUUUGUUAAUAACUGUUCAUGAUCUACUAAAUGUGUUAUUUGGGUUAAAGCAACUUUACACCUAAUAAAACAUACCUUAUAACUUUAAUAAUCUA